GACGUCAGCGCGCGUUAACAGGAGACUUUUUGAAGUCUUCUGAAGCAUGUUACGUUCUAUGUGUACAGAAGUAGGCGAAUGUGUUUUAAAUUUUUGGGAACCCUAAACUUUAUAUACCAUAUCUAAUAACUUAUUUAUAAGUGAUGUCGAGUGAAUGAGUGUUUACAGGUGACGUCAGCAGCACCAUGCGCAGAUGUAAACAGAGUUUGUCCAUGUGGACGGUGUUUCUAACUCUCGUGCCUGUGGUCUCCUGUUCAUCUGUGGAAGUUCAAGUGAAGGUUGACAAGCCUCUGCGAAACCUGAAGCACUUCUGGAGAAGCACUGGAUUCUGUCCUCCACAGCCUCACACUGAUGCACCCCUGUAUGAUCUGAGUAAAGAUCAGCAGAUGAAUCUGGCUCUCAUCGGCUCUGUGCCACACAGAGGAAUCCAGCAGGUGCGCAUACAUUGGAUGCUGGAGCUGGUGUCUGCACAAGUGUCCAGGGGAGAACAUCAUUAUAACUUCACUCACUUAGACCAAUUGAUUGAUCUUCUCUGGCAGAAUGGACUUCAGCCAGGGUUUGAACUGAUGGGAAGUGUUUCGAACACCUUCAGCAACUUUGAAGAUAAAAGACAAGUUACAGAAUGGAGGAAUUUGGUGUAUUUGAUUGCUAAACGAUACAUUUUGAAGUACGGCCUCGGCUCGGUUUCUCAGUGGAACUUUGAGACGUGGAAUGAGCCGAAUAACCACGACUUUGACAACAUCUCUGUGUCACUGCAAGGUUUUCUCAACUAUUAUGACGCCUGCUCUGAGGGGCUUCAUGCAGCGAGUCCACUGUUGAAGUUUGGGGGUCCAGGAGACUCGUGUCGUUCUCCCCCCCGCUCGCCGUACUGCUGGGAAAUGCUACAGCACUGUUACAACGGCACAAACUACUUUACAGGACAGACCGGCGUACGGCUCGACUACAUCGCGCUGCACAAAAAGGGCGGGGGAAGCACGUUACCCAUCCUGCAACAGGAAGUUGCUACAGUGCAGGAAAUCCAGCAGCGGUUUCCACGGUUACGCUCUGUGCCCGUCUACAACGAUGAGGCAGAUCCGCUGGUUGGCUGGAAUAAAGCGCUCACCUGGAGAGCAGACGUUACCUAUGCAGCCAUGGUGGUUAAGGUCAUCUCGCAGCAUCAGAACCUGCUCAUCGCUGACCAAAACAAUACAGUCAACUACACGCUGCUCAGCAACGACAACGCUUUCCUCAGUUACCACCCGCACCCGUUUACCCAACGCACCCUGACUGCCCGAUUCCAGAUCAACGACACCAACCCGCCCCACGUGCAGUUACUACGGAAACCAGUCCUGACUGUGAUGGGGCUGUUAGCGUUGUUAGGUGAGACUCAGGUGCAGGCCGAGGUUUUGAUUGACAGCUCUGAAAUGAAUACAUCAGUGGGUGUGUUGGCCAGCGUUCACCUUCCUCAGGUGUCAUACACAGCCGACAGCUGGCAGACCACCGUCCUGCUGUAUAACAGCAAAGACAACCAGACCUCCAACACCACUGACAUUAUCACUCUGCGUCUCACCGGAAUCCCAAAACACACGGGCCUGAUGUAUGUGACACACUAUAUGGAUAAUAAUGUGACAAACCCGUUUAAACUGUGGGACAGCAUGGGACGCCCCGACUACCCCACUACACAACAGUUUACACAACUGCGGAGUCAAGAGGAUUCACAAACAGCCGGACCGCUGCCGGUUCAUCCUGAUGGUUCUCUGACACUAAAGUCAAGUCUCGCCGUUCCAUCUUUGCUGCUAGUACAUGUGUGUGCCAAAUCUAAUGAACAACCUGACCAGGUGAACGGGGUUCGUUUCAUCGCUGUCACCAAAGGUCAAGUUCUGAUCGUGUGGAAGGAUCACUGCAUCGGUACUAAGUGUAUAAAGACGUAUGAGGUGGAGUUUUCCAAAGACGAGAGGAUUUUCAAGAGGAUCAAUCAUAGAGACACUAUCUUCACCCAUUUCGCUUAUUCUCCAGAUGAUCUGGAUGUCAGCGGAUACUAUAGAGUGAGAGCUGUGGAUUACUGGGACAGACACGGGGAGUAUUCUCUCAUAGAGAACUAUUCAGAGAAACACUAGUAUUACAGAUUUACCCUGCGACACCAGAAUACAUUCUUGCAGGAAACAUGGCCUGUUACUAGUUUAUAAUAUACUGAUUAAACCAACUUUUAUAUUCAUAUACUAUAUUACUGACUGUAUAGUAAUAGCGUCAUUCCGUGUCAAAUCGACUACAUUUUACAAACCACCCAGGCUGAAACUUUUACAUUUGAUCUUUCUUUUACUGGAGAAAGAAAUACAUAAAUGACGAUUGAGUGCAUGACACUAAACAAUCCGGAUUAGCCUUUCAACAUUCAUUCCUGCAAAUACACUAUGUUUUAUUGAAUAGGUGUUGACCGUAUAAUGUCUUUCUAUUCUAUUGUAAGUGCACCCUGAUUUGAUAAACGUGACUUGUUUUUUUACCCAUGCCUAUAAGAUUUUUUUUAAUUGCAUUGUUUUGUCCAUAGGCUUAGGCCAUAAUGUCAGAUAUUAACCAACCCAGACAUGCCAAAGAAAAUCAGAAAACCCCUGGAACCACUUAAUAAAGCCUACACCAAGGUUCUUCAACAGGGACAAGAUGCCCACCACCAUGACACAGGAAUGCUAGUGAACUUGGUGUGAGGGACGUCAUGCUCCACACUGUAAACCACAGCGGAGAAUGUGAAGAUUCCCAUGGCGAUGAAGAGAAAGA